AUAACAAGCGCAAAAAGGUUCACGCAUGUUUAAAUCAAUUUUGCUGCAAUAUUAAGCAGUCUAGUUAAUUACUACAAAUUUAUCACUUUAACGAGGACUGCGAGGCGAGCGAAUAAUUAUGAAGAACAAACUCAAUUUAAGAAAAUCUCUCUCUACGCAUACGUUGAAAAAUGAGAAAAACAUCGAAGAAUGCGAAGAAAAAAAGGACUUUAAAUCAAAAAGCUGGAAAAUCUCACUCAUCAUUAUUCUGACGACAAUCCGCCGGCUGGUCAGUUCAACAUGCCUGUUCCAAUUGAUAUUGAUGUGUGCACAAAUGGUUAUGUUGAUGACCAUUUUGUAUAAAACAUUAUUUUUGUCACCUCAUCGAUAUGACUACGAUGACAACCGGCAUCCGAUAACCGGUGCAAAGCAUUCGUUUUAUCCGCGUCCAAUUAUUAAGAUUGAAAAAAAUGCCAAACCAUUGAAAAUCGAUUGGCACGACUACGCAUUUAUUGAAGCAGAAAAAUUACGGCAUGGCAUCGGAGAACACGGCGAACCUGCAUACUUAUCGCCAAAUUUGGAAGACGAACGCAAACUACUAUUUGAUCAACAUGGUUUCAAUGCACUGCUAAGUGAUCAAAUCGCUCUUAAUCGAUCUAUAAAAGAUAUUCGUCAUAAAGACUGCGCAAAUGUGAAAUAUUUAAAAGAAUUGCCAACUGUAAGCGUUAUCAUCCCGUUUUUCAACGAACACUGGAGCACACUAUUACGUACUGUUUACAGUGUACUGAAUCGAUCACCGCCGGAGUUAAUCGUUGAAAUUAUUUUGGUAGACGAUCUAAGCAAUAAGGAAUUUUUGAAAACAAAACUUGAUCAAAUUGUGGCAAAAUAUUUGCCAAAAGUCAAAAUUAUUCGGUUGAACGAAAGAUCGGGAUUGAUAGUGGCACGUUUAGCCGGAGCUAAAGCUGCUAGAGGUGAAGUUUUGAUCUUUUUGGAUUCACACACCGAACCAAACACAAAUUGGUUACCACCGUUAUUGGAGCCCAUUGUUGAAAAUUAUAAAGUAUGCAUGUGCCCAUUCAUCGAUGUCAUCAGAUAUGAUACAUUUGAAUAUAAAGCACAAGAUGAAGGUGCAAGAGGUGCUUUUGAUUGGCAAUUUUACUACAAACGACUACCUCUAAUGCCAAAUGAUUUGGCGCAUCCAACGAGACCAUUUAAAAGUCCAAUAAUGGCUGGCGGUUUGUUUGCAAUGAGUGCACGAUUUUUCUGGGAGUUAGGAGGCUACGAUGAUGGCUUGAAUAUUUGGGGUGGUGAACAAUAUGAAUUAAGUUUCAAAAUCUGGCAAUGCGGUGGUGAAAUGUAUGAUGCUCCUUGUUCCCGUAUUGGUCAUAUUUAUAGAAUGCAAGGUGGUCCCUCCCCUGUCUCACUCGAAAAAAGGGAAAGCUCUCUGCACAGGAAUUAUAAACGUGUGGCCGAAGUAUGGAUGGAUGAGUACAAAGAAUAUUUGUAUCAGCGUAAUCCUGAAAAAUAUUCAAGUAUUGACGCCGGCAAUUUGACAGAACAAAAAGCAUUACGUGAAAAACUGCAGUGCAAAUCGUUUAAAUGGUUUAUGGAAGAGGUCGCAUUUGAUUUGCCAAAAAUGUUUCCACCGGUCGAACCGCCUGAUUUUGCAUCUGGAGUAAUACAAAGUGAAUCACAUCCGAAUCUGUGUGUGGACACACUCAAUCAUGGAAUUGGAGAAGAAUUUGGCUUGUUUGGAUGCGCUAAAAAUCAUCAAUGGCCGCAUCUUAAUCAAUUUUUCGUAUUAACUUGGCACGAAGACAUUCGCAUAAGAAACACAAAAAAAUGCUGGGACGUUUCCAAAUCACAACCAAACGCUCCAAUUAUCUUUUACGAUUGUCAUGGACAAAAAGGAAAUCAGCUCUGGAAAUAUAAUAUCGAGAAGAAAUGGAUUCAUCAUAAAGACCAGUGUUUGGAUUUUGAUGCGAAAACCAAGAAAGUCUUUGUAAACCAAUGCAAUCCAAACAAUCCAAAUAUGAGGUGGAAUUUUGGUUUCGUCAACACAACAGCCAUACAACAACUUGAUCUGAGUGACGAUACAUUGAAAUAGAUUGAAUUAUGUAUCUUCCUCGAAGAAAUUCAACCUCACUUUGUGACAUUAUUUUGUUUGUAUAAUUUAUUAUAGAAAAUUAAUAAAAAUGUGUAUUCUAAACAGGGAUUGUUCCUCUGAGGAGGAGGAAUGGUGAGGAG